AACAUGGCCUGUUAACGCACCGCGGAGACACAGAGAGAGACGAGAGGCAUGGAUCCGCGCUCCUUCCUCAUCCUGGUCGCCGCUUCCCUGAGCUGCUCCCCCGCUGCUGCUGACUGGAGCUUCGGUUGCCUGUUUGAAAGCGAGCUGUGUUCUCCGUACGAGAUCUGCGUCAACGAUGGGAUGUUUGGGAGGUGUCACUCCGUUCCGGUGAAGGAGGUUUACACCUACGACGUGUCUCCGUCUGUGGUGCAACGCUUCAGGAAGCUGCUGGAGAAGCUGUCCAACAGAGGCCUGACCUGGGAGGACGACACCACCCAGCAGGUUCUGGCCAAGGAGUUAUCCAAACUGAGGAGGAUCCCCUACAGGCAGCAGCAGCAGCAGAAUGGGGCUUUCUACAGCGCCGACAGCAGGCCGGCAGCCGAGGCCAUGGACCCGGCAGACCAGCGGGUGAAGCCGGUGGAGGAGGAGCUGAACAGGAACCUGCAGACGUACCUCCAACGCCUCGGCCUCCUUCCCAAGACGCCUUCCGCCUCCAGUCUGAGCGCGCCUGGCAAGAGCGAGCGCUUCCAGUCGGGCAUCCCUGCAGACUUUUACCGCUCCAAGGCCCAGACGGCUCCUCAGAAGUCUUCUCCCUCCGGCUUCUCGUCUCUGUCGUCCUUCCAGCCUGUGCAGAAGCAGCGACCUCCAGACAUCCAGCUCCUGGCCUCGCAGGCUGACGGUGACCUUCUCCUGGCUGCCCUCAGGCAGUAUCUCUCCGGGCGUCUGUCCCUGCACGGCGGGGGGGUCGCCCCCUCCGAGCAGGAGGCCCCCUCCCUGCGCCUCCGGCCGCUCUACGGCAACGGCAUCGAGAAUCCGGGGCCGAAAUCCCGGCUGCUGAAGACGGGCAGACCUCAGGCGGCUCCGGCCAAGGAGCCCCUCAGCUCUGUGGACGAGAGGUUCAUCGAGAAGGUCCUGAAGAACGUCGGCAGGCAACACGUCGACGUGGACAACCUGACGCCGCACGACGUGGACCAGCUGUCCAGGCUCAUCGCAGACGCCCUGCAGGUGGUGGACCGGGACCAGGGACCCGACAGGGGCCGCCUGACCGGGAUCAGGGGACCCGGACCGAGAGACGUGGCCGUGGACGGCGAGGCGGCGGCGGCGGAGGAGGAGGAGGAGGAGGAUGAGGAGGAGGAGAGGCUGCCGGAGAAGGCGCCCACUCUGAAGCCACAGGAGAGCUCUCCUGCUGCGAUGGCGGCGCUUCAAGCAGAUACAGAGGAGCCGAAUGUGAAGGACAAGGCCGACAGCGGAAACCUCUUCGCCAAGCUCCUCGCCUACCUCGACAAAACCCCCUUCUCGGGCCCGACGGCGGAGAGGGAGCGGUACGACGUCGCCGUGGAGACGGCCCCGGCCGAGCCGGUGGGGCUGGAGAACGUGCAGAGCCGUACGAGCGCCGGCGCCGGCGUGACGGUGCAGAAGAAGGACGCCACGCAGUCGGUGGAGGAGGUGGCGGAGGUGGCCGGCUGGAUCAAGGAGGUGGCGCCCCCGCCCGCCUCGCUGGUGUACGACAAGCCUCACAAGAAGACGAUGCACGUCCCCGAGCUGCAGCUGGACGUGAAGGCCGGCAGGAAGAAGGCGGACGACGACGUCUUCGGCUACGUGAUCACAGACUCAGACGGGCUCCAGACGGACGAAGGCCUGCACCUGAUGGAGAUCCUGGCCCGCAUGGCCAAAAUCCAGAUGACCGACUUCGCUGAACUCUCGGUGGUGGGCCCGGCUGUGACCUUCAAAGUGAGCCCCAACGCUCACAACGUCAGCACCGCAGAUGUGUCCAACGUGGCUGUCCAGCAGAAAGCAGCACUUGAGAAGGAAGCCAAGGUCAGGAUCCUGGAGGCUGGGGUCGCAGAUAGUAGUCAAAUCAACCAGAUUCCCACCAAGUACAGCCAGGCCGAGUCCACCAAGUUCCUCAUCCUCACCGUGGUGUCCAUCCUCUGCAUCGUCGCCGUGCUGCUGGCCUCCACCGUGGUCUACUGCUUCCGCCAUCGCUCGCACCAGAAGAUCAAGGAGAAGCUCACCAACUUAGGGACGGACACGGGAAGCGAUGCUACCGCCACCUACCAGGAGCUGUGCAGGCAGCGCAUGGCCGUCAAGCCUCCCACCGAGCGUCCGGAGCCCAUCUCCUCCCGGAUCAACAGCGUGUCGUCCCAGUUCAGCGACGGCGGCCAGGCCGUCAGCCCCUCGGCGCGCAGCAGCAUCUCGUCCUGGAGCGAAGAGCCCGCCCACUCCAACAUGGACAUCUCCACCGGCCACAUGAUACUGUCCUACAUGGAGGACCACCUGAAGAAUAAAGACCGCUUAGAGAAGGAGUGGGAGGCACUCUGCGCGUACCAGGCGGAGCCCAAUGCUUCCACCGUCGGACUCAAAGACGGAAACGCAAAGAAGAAUCGCUCCACUGCUGUUGUAGCAUAUGAUCACUCCAGAAUCACCUUGAAGGUGGAGAACAGCCAAGGCAACUCUGAUUACAUCAAUGCCAGCCCGAUCAUGGAUCACGAUCCCAGGAACCCGGCCUACAUCGCCACUCAAGGUCCCCUGCCCUCCACUGUGGCAGAUUUCUGGCAGAUGGUGUGGGAGAACGGCUGCGUGGUCAUCGUCAUGCUGACGCCUCUGGUUGAGAGUGGCGUGAAGCAGUGCUACCACUAUUGGCCAGAUGAAGGAUCCAACCUGUACCACAUCUACGAGGUCAACCUGGUGUCCGAACACAUCUGGUGCGACGACUUCCUGGUUCGUAGCUUCUACCUGAAGAACAUGCAGACCAACGAGACGCGCACCGUCACCCAGUUCCACUUCCUGACCUGGCUCAACCAGAACGUCCCGGAGACGAGCCGGACGCUCCUCGACUUCCGCAGGAAAGUAAACAAGUGCUACCGGGGACGCUCGUGUCCUAUCAUAGUCCAUUGCAGUGACGGCUCUGGGAGAAGUGGCACCUACAUCCUGAUCGACAUGGUCCUCAACAAGAUGGCUAAAGGUGCCAAGGAGAUUGAUAUUGCAGCCACUCUGGAGCAUCUGCGUGACCAGAGACCCGGAAUGGUUCAGACUAAGGAUCAGUUUGAGUUUGCUCUGACGGCCGUCGCCGAGGAGGUGAACGCCAUCCUGAAAGCUCUCCCGCAGUAGACGGCGCUGCGCCUCUCGUCCUGAAGGAUCGUCUCCAGUCAUCAUUUCUUUCUGCCUCCUUGCUUCUUCAUUUGUUUCUCCGUCGCUCAUCUCUGCUUG